AUGUCACUUCGAACAACGAAGAAAAAACGUUCAACAACAAAUCGAAGUCGUCAACGACGACCUAAAUCAGCAAGUAAUCUGGUAGAACAUGGUCAUGUUAUUAAUUUAAAUUCUGAUCAAUGGCUUUUACCAGAAACAAAAGAAUAUUUAAAAAUAAAUGAUAAUAAAGAAAAAGCAAUAUCUGAUACAGAAGAUCACCAUGAAGUAGAAAUUGUGCCAACUAAAAUAAAACCAAUCCGAACUCCUUAUAAUGAAGUUAUAUCAUAUUUGAAAAGAAAUAGUUUAGUUGUAAAAGGUUUAACAAUCUUCGAUGUACUUUAUCCAACAUCAAUAACAGUAAAAGAUCCACAUCAUAUUCAAGUUAUAGAUCGUUAUGUUCUUGCUAAAGUUUGGGAUGAUAUAUUACCAUUAACAUAUGGAUCAUACGUUGGUAAAUUACGUCUAGUGAAUCAUUAUGCUGUCGAUUUAGAAAAAUAUGAAGUUCAAUUGAAGGAACUUAUUACUAAUUAUUAUCAAUUUACUUCAAAUUUUAUUUGGAAACAUUUAUAUGAGGAUGAUAAACGAAAACUUGGUCCAUAUCUUCAUUGGCAUAGUUUAUCAAAAGACGAACAAAAUAAGAUCACCAAAGAAAUAAGUACAGAAGAACAUACCAGUCAAAGUGCAUUGGAAAACUUUACUUGGCGAAAGUUGACCGACAGAGAACAGAAUGAUCUAUUACAAAAACCUGUACCUUAUGAAGAUAAAAAUCAAACUUUAUUGAAAAAUACAUUAAAAGACGCUGAAGCUGAAUCAGCAUUAAAAGGUGUCGCUCGUAUGGAUGUCGAAAUUCAUCGUGCUACUAAAUUCUUACAAAUAUCAACUGAUUUACGUCAAUUACAAAGACGAGCUGAUUUGGAUUCGAAACCAAAAGAAGAACAAAAACCAAAAAUUAAGAGAAAACCAUCAGCAGAUCGAAAUUUUCAUCAACGUGUCAUUUGUCGUUUUGAUGCUGAUGGAUUCUUUCAUCCUGGAACUAUACAAAAAAGUUUAGAUGGUCAAACAAUGGUUCAUUUUGACAUGGGUAUAGAACAAGAAGCAAUUGGACAUAUUCUUCUGCCAACAAAUGGUGCAAUUGCUCAACCACAUUUAUUUGUAAAUGAUUGGGUUCUUGUCCGCCGAAAGAAUGAAAAUGAAGAAUUUUGGGCACCUGGUAUUGUAAUGGUGCUUCCAUCACCAGUUGCUCAACCACCUCCUUUAUAUAUGGUACAAAUAUAUACUCCAUCUGCAUGUCACGUUCAUGUACAUCGUCGUGAUAUACUUAAAAUAAGUUUAGGUGUUUUUCAACGAACUCUUUCAUAUCUUCAAAGUCUCAAUCGUAAACGUGGACCAAUCGUUGACAAGACUAACGAAUUACAAGAUAAUCCUUCUAUACAAGAUACUCUUCGUAGAGAACUUGAGCCAUUGACAACUAAAGUUGAACAUCUUAAUAGAUUAGAUAAGAAACGUUAUGAUGAACUUAAAACAGUACUCGAAGAUCAAAUGAAUGCAAUUAGACAUUUACAAGAAAGAUCACCGAGAAGAGAAGUUACAUUUGGAUCGACUCAAACAGCUGAAAUAUCAUUAAAACCGAUAGCAAAUAAACUUGAUUUGACAAAGCAGACACAGGGUCCUAAGCCACCAACACCACGAGAAGAUUUUAUUCAACCAAAUACACAUGUCUAUGCUCUAUGGCUUGAUGAUGAUAAAUUUGUUCAUGAGGGUAUUGUAUUAAAAAAACAACGACAUUCAAAUAAUUAUAGUGUCCGACGAGUUGGUUUACCUGGUGUUCAAAGCAUUAUUUCACGUGAAAAUAUAUUUUUAGAAUCAGAUCGUAAACGUUUAAAAUCUUUAGAUCCUCAAUCAUUCGUUCUUAUUGAAGAUCAAGAAUAUGUUCACGAUUGUUGGAAACCUGCUGUAAUACUUUAUUCUGAUAAUGAAAAAAUGAAAACACAUGUUCGUUUUUAUGAUGGUAUGGAUAAAAAAGAUAGAUCAAAUAAUGAACUUGUAAUACCAAUUAGUAAAGAAAAUUUUAAAGAUUAUGCAACAUUUCGCAUUGAGUACGAGCAAACUCUUGUUAAUAAAGUUAUUGUUGGUUUAAAUCAUAAAAGAAAAAUAUUUAUGUUAGGUACAAUUAUUGAACGUAUUAAAUAUGGUCAUACAUAUCGUAUUCGAUGGUGUAAUGGAAAAAAAAGUGAACAAGAAGAAGAAUAUUUAUUUGGAGCAUUUACUAGACCCGUUCAACAUCAACCAGAUGAUUUUAUUUUAGUUUUGGAUAAUGAUCAAUGUAUUUAUAAACUAGCACAGGUUGUCACUAGUUCUGAAGAUCAAAAAACAUUAACUGUUCAUUUUAUUGAUUCUCAAGAAAAUAAUAGAAAAGUUUAUGUACCAUUUGCUGCUGCUACUACAUUUGCAAUCCCUGAACCAUAUAUUAAAUCAAUUAAAGAGAAACUAAAUGCUUGA